GUUUUCGACUUUUCGGAGCUGUGUGAAGCCUUCAAAAACCAAAGCGUGAGAGAAAGAGAGAGAUAUAUUUAUCAUCAUCUUCCUUCUUUCUUCUUCGUCUCUUUUUGUCCGCGGCGGAACUCCAUAGAGAGAGAGAGAGAGAGAAACAAAAACCCUAAAAAGCCGUACCGGCGGAGUGGUCAGAUCUGACGGAGGAGGGCGCUUGUAUUCCGCGGCUGGGGGACAGAAUGAGCGGGAGAGGCGGAGGCGGGAAUGGGAAGGGGAAUACGGGAUUGUCGGGAAUACCAGGUGGGUCCCGGAAGAUGGUGCAGAGCUUGAAAGAGAUAGUGAACAACUGCACUGAGCAGGAGAUCUAUGCUAUGCUUAAAGACUGCAACAUGGACCCUAAUGAAGCCGUUAAUCGCCUCCUUGCUCAAGAUCCUUUUCAUGAAGUGAAGAGCAAACGAGAGAAGAAAAAGGAGAGUAAGGAGCCAACGGAUUCUAGGUCUCGCAGUGCUAAUGUUUCAGGUUAUGGUGGUAGAGGUGGUGAUCGUUAUGCUUCACGUGGCGGAUCAAACCACUUUGGCACCAAUGAGUCUGGCUCUUUGCAUGGUAGACCUGCGUACAGGAAGGAAAAUGGAACACCUGCCUAUGCAGGUUCUUCCUCUACUGCAGCUGGUGCAACUGGAUAUAACUCAAGUCGACAACCUCCUUCCUACAGUGAUUCAGUGACAGCUGAAAACAAAGUAAUAUCAAUAGGUGAUGAAGGGAUAUCUUCAUCCUCUCAGCCUUCCCCUGGAUAUCAGUCUGCCUGGGGAGGGGUACCAGGUCAAGUUUCAAUGGCUGACAUUGUUAAGAAAGGUAGGCCGCAAGCCAAGGCGCCCCCAGCUCAUAUUGUCAAUCAUCAUGAUGGAGCACCCCCUGCAGUGGGGUACAAUUUGAAUUCUUCGCAGACUGAGCCAUUGGUUGAUGAGUGGCCCUUGAUUGAGCAUCCUCCAGGUGUUACCAUGUCCUCCAUUUUAGGGACACCUGCAAAUUCUGAGCUGUAUGCUGAUUCAUCUAGCUUGCCCUUGGAUAAAGCUAAUCAGCAUGUAAACUCCCAACUAGAUGAAGUUGAGACAGAAGAUGAUGGUUCUGUUGAGGCACUGAACACAAGCCAUGAUGUGCCUACUUCUGUUUCCGGUAGAAAUGUGCAAGAUGAUAACUCAGCCAGUGCAUCUGCUUUUGAUAAUAGCCCGUAUGAGGAUAUCGAUCCCUAUCAUACACAGAGACAUGUCCUCGAGGAUAAUGAAGCUGAGCAGGAUGCUUCAUCAGUGGCUGCAAACUUCCAGCAGCUUGACUUACAAAAGGAUGAUAGGGGAGUGCCACCUGAAGAGGAGAACCCUCCCCCUGUAGUCAUCCCAAAUCACCUACAACUCCAUACUCCAGACUGCUUACACUUGAGCUUCGGAAGUUUCCGAUCUGGCCCUGAACCUGAAAUUUCGCGCUCCCAUCCUCUGAAAAGUGACUUGGAAGAGACAUCUCCGGAAGUAGAUGUUUCUGCAGUGGGGCACUCAGAUGUUAGAAAUCCCGACUAUUAUGGAGACGAGCAUCUCAUAAAUACCUCUGAUGGAAGUUUGGUUCAUAGAACUGGGGCCAGUGCUGGAGAUUAUGAUUCUCCUUCAGUGUCACAACCAGAGGAGGUCUUAAAACAGGAAACCCCUGAAGCUAAUCAGGGCAUUCAAUAUACUUUUCCUUCUGCACCUGGUUUUGCGUAUGACAGCUCCCAACAACUGAAUAUGGCGUUCUCUCACCCACAGAGUUCACAAAUGCAAAACAAUGCUCCCUUUUCAAGCGUAAUGCAGGCAUACACAAAUUCAUUGCCCAGCACUCUGUUGGCUUCAAAUGCUCAGAAUGUAAGGGAGGAUCUUCCAUACUCACCUUUCCCUGUGACACAAUCUCUGCCCACAAAAUAUAGCAAUGUGCCUUCAUCCAUCAGCGGUCCCACCAUGUCCAUGCCAGAGGCUUUAAGAGCAGGUGGCAUCUCUUCUGCUCAACCUACUCAACAGACCCUACCCGGUGCUGGUGUUGCGACUGGACCUGCUCUUCCACAACAGCUGUUGCACCCGUACGCCCAACCUAGUUUACCUUUGGGUCAUUUUUCCAACAUGAUUGGUUAUCCUUUCAUGCCUCAGAGCUACACAUAUAUGCCAUCAGCAUUCCAGCAAGCUUUUGCUGGUAACAGCACAUACCAUCAAUCACUGGCUGCUGUUCUCCCACAGUAUAAAAAUAGUGUUUCUGUCAGCAGCUUGCCCCAGUCUGCUAAUAUUCCCUCUGGUUAUGGGUUUAAUAGUUCAACUAGCAUUCCUGGAGGAAACUUUCCUCUGAAUCCACCAUCAGCACCUACUGGCACAACAAUUGGUUAUGAUGAUGUUAUAAGCUCCCAGUACAAGGACAGUAACCAUUUGAUGUCACUUCAGCAGAAUGACAACUCAGGCAUGUGGGUUCAUGGACCUGGUUCCCGAGCAAUGCCUGCUGUUCCAGCCAGCAAUUAUUACAGCUUCCAGGGGCAAAAUCAACAGCAUGCUGGUUUCCGGCAAACUCAGCAACCAUCACAGCAAUUUUCUGGAGCUCUAAACUACCCGAACUUCUAUCAAUCUCAGACAGGGAUGUCCCUCGAUCAUCAACAACAGCAAAGUUCAAGGGACGCAUCCCUGGGUGGCUCACAGGGCCAACCAUCUAAGCAGUCUCAACAGUUAUGGCAAAACAGCUACUAAUCUCAGUCACAUCCAGGUUUUUCGGGGUCUCAUACAGAGUUUGAAAGUGGCCAAUCAGAGGCACUAGGCCUCCUAAUGAUCAUCAUGUAUCAUUAUUUGGUCAUAAAAGAGACCUUGACUGGCUGCUGCCCUGUGCCACGAGGUUGUAUUCUAGAUAUUUAUCUUUCCUGUCAUGCUUAACGUAGGAACACAGUGUGCUAAUUUGGAUUAGUUAAGUACUAUACUACGCCUCGUUUCGUUUCUCUUUCA